AUGAAGCUCGUAGCGUUGCUUGAAUCCAAUGCUCGAAGAUUUUUGGAAAGUGACCAGCCUCUAAGUGCUCUUUCUCUCACAGCUACCUUGCGGGAGGUGAAACCCAAUUCGCCACGUUAUUCACUUCUUCAUGCAAAAGCACUUUUUGCCGCUCGUGAAUAUGAUUUGGCGAUGCGUUUGGCGACUGCUGUGUUAUCCGAUGAUGCAGAAAAUCCAGAAGCUGUUUUACUUGUUAUGAAAUCAGCCUAUGAAUUGGGGGAUACAAAAGAGUCUGCAGCUUUCGCGGAUAGACUAAAACAAGUACCUUUUAUGAACGUUAUGGCCUUGUGUUACUUGGGUAAAUGUGCCGAACUAUCUGGUGACACGAAAAAAGCCGCAUAUCAUUAUCAAAUGGCUUUGGAAAUGGAUCCUUUUUGUGGUGAAGCGAUGAGUGCUCUAAUUGAAAGAAAGCUAUUAAAUAUAACUGACCUUCGUAUUCUUAUCGAUUCUUUAAGAUUACCACCUGAGGCUGAGGUGCUUCGUGUCUCUUACAGGGCCCGUUUGCCGUUUGAAUCAGUUCCUCAGGAGCAGGAAAAGUAUGUUCCGCGAGCAAUACUACGAUUACAGGCUGCUGCAGCUGAAUACGAAAGGAAUGAUUUACAAAAAGCCUUAAGUUUGACAACGGAGUUACUCGAAAUGGCUCCUUUUGAUCGAGGAGGUGCGUGUUUACAUCUUUCCAUUUUAGUGAAUAUGAAAGCAACUUCAAAAUUAUUUGAUCAGGCCCAUUUUUUGGCAAAUAAUAAGGCUCAUGUGGAAUUGGCGGUGUAUGCCAUGGGUUGUUUUCAUUUUUCUUUGUCUAACUAUGAGCGUGCAGGACGGUUUUUUAGCAGAGCGACGGAACUUGACGCCUCCUUUGCUGAGGCCUGGAUUGCCUAUGGCCAUUGCUACGCAAAACUAGAAGAGGGUGAACAAGCCUUAGAUGUGUAUAGAAGAGCAAUGAAUUAUUUUCCGGGUCUUCCCUGCUGUAGUACGUUUGUUGGAAUGCAAUAUGGUAGGAUACAUCAGUGGGGAUUGGCGUCAUAUUUUCUGGAACAAGCCAUAAAAAUUAUUCCAGACGAUCCACUCGUGUUAAAUGAAAUUGGUGUCUUAAAUGCGAAAACUCAUAGGUUGCAGGAGGCGCUCAAUUUUUUUAGAAUGGCGUAUCAGUCCCUUUCUAACCCCGAAAACCCAUCAGAAUAUAGAGAUUGCAUAAUUUUCAAUUUGGCCACGGUUUGCCGCAAACUAAAACAGUAUGAUGAUGCCUUAUCAUUUUAUACUUUGUACGUCAAAUGUAGACCUAAUGCUGGUCAUGGUCAUUGUGCUUUAGCUUUCACAUAUCAUUUGAUGGGUAAUAUGAAGGCGGCGAUAGCGCAGUACCACAUAGCUUUGAGCGUCAAGGCGGAUUCGUUUUGUCGUGAUAUGCUUGAUCGUGCUUUGGCGACAGAGUUUAAAGAAAAUACAGUGGGGUCUUCCUGGGGGCCCGAGGGUGGUUUGGGGUCUCCUUCUCCAGAUGAUGUGUCUUUUUUGACUGUAUCACGAACUCUUGGUUCAGAGUCAAUGGCUUGUGAAAGUAUGGGACCUUCACCUGGUCCGAGUCUUGGACGAAGCUUACCUUUUUAA